UUUGAAAACCGUUACAGCGUUUACCUUAUUUUGAAACGUACUACCGUUGCUGGCUUUACAUGUUAUCUAUAACCAAUAACGAAUUUCAGACCUGGACUCUAUUGCAAGCUGCUUUAGGUCCCUGAUAACUAAAUUUCCCCUAGUGUAAUUAUACGUGGUGUUGUCAUUUUAGGAGAGGAUGUACAAAACGCCUGUUUGAGCUGUAGGAUGCUGUACACCAAAGGCUGUCAGAGUCCACUGGACAAUCAACACGAUCUUCAGUCCAGUUGGAUUUUCAUUGCCGUCUAAAUGAAACCGAUUAACUAAAGGUUUAGCAUUUGCGGCAGUCUUCUUGGCUGGUUUAAAAGGAGUUUUGCACACUUUUCAGCUGGCCUGACUGAGAGACCAGCUAAACACCUGCUUGGCCAUGGUUGUGCACAAGAAGAUGAAAGCUAACAUGUUAAAGAAAAAAAAGAAAAUAACCAAACUGCUGCAAAAUGUUGAUAAAGAGCCAUUGCCAUCAAAUAGUGAUGGCAUCAGUAUCGACACGGAUAAAACAAAAACAUCUAAUAACACUCAGGACUGUGUUAUGGACGUCUGUCCUGAGGUCACACAGUUGAGACCAGAACAAGAAGAGCUGGAGGCUUUGGGAGUCCUAACUGUGUCAUCUGAACAACACCAACAACAGAAGCAACAGCCUCAUCCCACUGCUUUCAGAGCAUUUAUUCCAAAGACAGAACCAGACUGUGUCCCCUUAAACCCACCCAGUUUUCAGAUCAAAACUGAGCCUGGCAUUUAUGAAGUGCUGCAGAGAGAGUCUGCCUUGAUUGUGAAGGAGGAAAAUGAGAGUUGGAAGGAAGUGAAGCUUGAGACAGCAGAUGAAAACUCUGUGGGUGCUUCUGGCCUGGAGAAAAACUCAGCUUCUUCCUCCCUUGUUUUUCCUUGCCCCCAUUGCUCUGUGACUUUCACUGAGUUUACAUACCUGGACAAACACCUCAAAUGGUGCCAUCAAAGUGAAUAUCUGGCAUGGGUAAAAAACCACAAAGUGUACAACUGCUCUAAAAUAUCCUCUGGGAUGCUCAGCUGCUCGAUGUGUCACUAUUGGUUCUUCUCUCAGAGGCAAUUGGAGACCCACAUGCGCAAGGCACACCUUCCCACGCCCAAACCCACCCGAAAGCGCUACACCUGCCCGCAGUGUGAUCGUAGCUUCGAUUACAUCGGUAACCUGCAAAACCACUGCCGCAGAUGCCAUGGCUUAGCCACGGUGUGUAAAGACGGACAUAUUAGCUGUGCCGCAUGUGGUAAAAGCUUUGCCGGAGUCUGGGGUCUCGGACCACAUCGCUGCCACGAGGAUGAGACGAAACUCAAAGUGGAUGUUGACGAACCCAUUUGCAUGGACCGUGGCUACUUGUGCCGAGAUUGUGGCAAGAACUGCUCUACGCUUCAGUGUCUGACGAUACACAAACGCACUCACACGGGCGAGAAGCCAUUCGUUUGCGAAGACUGCGGCCGUAGGUUUUAUGAUAUGGGGAGUCUGCGGAAGCACAGAGUCAUCCAUACGGGGAUCCGGCCUUACAAAUGCCCUGAAUGCGAAAAAGAGUUCGCCAGGAUGGCCCACCUUAGAUGCCAUCUGCGAACCCACACUGGGGAAAGGCCGUACCAGUGCCCCCAGUGCGGGAUGAGAUUCAGCCACCUAUCGACGCUUCGUAUCCACCAAGAAGUUCACUCUAAGGAAAAAGCAUUUCCGUGCCCCGACUGCGGCAAAACAUUCUCCGCUCUGAGGUACGUGAAGGUCCACCAAAGAGCGCACAACUCCGAGCGAUUACUGCAGUGCAGAGAGUGCACAAAGACAUUUUCACGGGAGGACGUGCUGAAGAAACACCUGCGCAUUCACACGGGAGAACGGCCAUACUUCUGCAACGUCUGCAGCAAGCGUUUCGUCCGUAUACAGCACCUGAAAAACCACAUGCGCACGCACACCGGCGAGAAACCGUACCGCUGUGAGCAGUGUGGCUCCAGCUACGCCCAGUCUGGCGAUUUGACCAAACACAUAAGGAGACACACGGGGGAAAAACCCUACGCCUGUUCUGACUGCGACCGCCGCUUCAACAACUCAGGCGACCUGAGCAAGCACAGGCGCAGUCACACGGGCCAUAGACCCUACAAGUGUACGGAGUGCGGGAAAAGUUUUCUUCUGCCCCAGCACCUGAAGUUACACAAACAAACACACACGGGCGAGAGGCCUUACAGCUGCCCGCGGUGCCUCCGCACCUUCACUCGUUCGCACCAUCUUUCUCAACACAUGGAAAAGCACAUUUGAGGAUAAGGGUUCUGCACCAUAAAAUGGAUUGGGUGUUUUUAAUGAAUUGGAAAGUAGUUUACUUAAAAAGUAACUGAAUCCAGAUGCAUUGUCUUCCUUUCUGGACUGUCCUUAAAGGUUUAGCAUAUAGUUAUUUUGCAUGCUUAACUCCACUGGAGACAUUAAACGAAUAGAAUUAAUGCCUUACAAUUUUUUUUUUUAGUUUGGGUAUUAAAGGAUUAGUUCACUUUCAAAUGAAAAUUAGCCCAAGCUUUACUC